AUCUGUCUUUAGGGUAGUUUUGGUUGUUGUCUCUUGUUUUUCUUUAUUUCUGGCGAAUCCCUCUGCAAAUGACACCAAAGAAAUGGGGAACUUGAAUUUGGCACUUGACGGGCACCAACCAGUGCUGUUGGAUUCAUCUUUGUGCUAAUUCCAAUGGUAACCCAAAGAUAAUGCAGGGCAAAGAGAUUGUCUUUCAAAUUGCUUGUGCAUUAUCUUCUUGAGCAACGGGCCGGCUGCAUAGAACCGAGGGCUUUAGAGCUAUAGAGGCAAUUUGUAGAAACACUUGAUCUGAUUUAGUAGUAAAUAAAGAUCUUUGGGCGUGUGUUUGGAGUUGAAGAAGAUGCAGAUAGGAGAACAGUAUGGACUGGCAGAGUUGCAGCAGUUCAUGGUGGGGCGUGGUCAUAUGCUGAGCCUGGCACAGGAAAUGCCGCCGGAAAUUCAUCUUCAGUACCAGCAACAGCAGCAGCAGUUCCAUGCCGCUUUCCAGCGACACCAGAUCGAAUCCCACCACCAUCAACAAGGGCAUAUAAUUUACCAGGAGGACAAUCGCCAAAACCACCAUAACUACCAUCAUCUGCACCAGAGGCAAAGCAGUAAUAAUAAUAAUAGUAAUAAUAACAACAAUGGGAAUGGGAAUUGUAUUGCGCAGCAAUUGAGUUUGGGCUCGGAUUCUACCGGGGCGCCAUCUUUGUCUGUUUCGCCCCCGCCUUCCAAGCGGACGAUAUCGCCCCCCGGGAUUAUCAGCAAACCUCAAGCUGUUAGCGUUAAUGGCGUUGGGAGGGAUCUUGAAGAUUAUGACGAGGGUUUCGAUGAGGGCGAUAGAAGCGGCGGCGGUGGAGGAGGAGGAAACAGCCGCUGGCCGAGGCAGGAAACCCUUACGCUGUUAAAGAUUAGAUCAGAAAUGGAUUCUAAGUUCCGCGAAGCCACGCAUAAAGGACCUCUCUGGGACGAAAUUUCAAGGGUUCUGGCAGAGCACGGCUACCAGCGAAGCUCGAAGAAGUGCCGGGAGAAGUUCGAGAAUCUGUACAAAUACUACAAGAAAACGAAAGAAGGCAAAGCAGGAAGGCAAGACGGAAAGCAUUAUCGUUUCUUCAGCCAGCUCGAGGCUUUAUACGGAGGAAGCACCAUUGAUGCUGCAGACGCUUGUUUGCGCACAAAUUUAACGGAAAGUCCCGCUGGAAUGGACUUUGGAGGUGAGGCCGCGGCCUCACAAAAGUUUUCCGAAGCCUACAACAAUAAUAACAGCCCGGGAGGCUUUAGCUUAUCUUCAGAUUCUUCUUCGGAAGAGGAUGAGUGCAAAGAAGAGGAAAUCGACGAACAGCAAUUAAUCUCCAGACGCAAAAGAAAGCGCAAGCACUGGAAAUCCAAAAUGAAGAGCUACUUCGACGCGCAAAUGAAGAAAUUCAUGGACAGGCAAGAAGCCUGGCUGCGGAAGGUUCUAGAAACCCUAGAACAAAGAGAGCAAGAAAGAAUCGGCCGUGAAGAAGCCUGGAGGCGCCAAGAAACUGCGCGUCUGGACCGCGAGCAUCAGCUCUGGUCACACGAGCGAGCCCGUGCGGCUACCUGCGACGCCGCCUUCCUCACCGCCUUACAGAAAAUCACCGGCGAAAAUUUCCAGCUGCCGGGAAUAAUGGCGGCUCCGAUCAACAUCACUCCCGGCGACUUCUCGCACGACCUGCAGGACAUCAAGGAGCCAUACGAUCCAAACAACAAGCGCUGGCCCAAGCCGGAAAUACUGAGCCUAAUUCGCCUUCGUACGAGCAUGGAGCCGCGCUUUCAAGAAGCCGGCGCAAAGGGCCCGCUCUGGGAAGAGAUCUCCGCCGGAAUGUCUUGUCUUGGAUAUGACCGUAGCGCAAAGAGAUGCAAGGAAAAAUGGGAGAACAUAAACAAAUAUUUCAGAAAGGCAAAGGACAGCAACAGGAAGAGGCCUGAGAAUUCCAAGACCUGUCCUUAUUUUCAGCAGCUCGAUUCACUGUAUCGCCAGGGAGCCUUGGGAUUCUCAAAUAUUACAAAUCCUUCUAAUGCCGCCAUUAUUACUAAACCUCAAGCUGCAACUUCUCCUGGCAAGCUGGAGGCCGGCCAUGACGAAGUACCUACCUUCACUAGCAGCCAUGAAAAUGAUGAUGUACGGGAGGCCGUAGAAACCCUAGGCCUCAUGCCGUCUGAGGAUGGCGUAGCAAAUGAUAGCAGCAACAACAAUAAUCAUGGUAGCAGCAACGCAGGAGCAGGAUCUGGAGCUGCUUCUUCCUUCUUUGAGAACGGAUGCAACUGGGAGGGUUAUCCGAUGAAGCUCAAAAUGAAGCAGCAGCAGCAGCCGCACAACCACCUGUAGCGUCACACUACUGUGAGAGCUCAAUCCUGCAUCGCCAUUAAAGCUAGCAUUUUGUCAAAUAUUUAAAUAUUAUUGUGUUUCUUCUUCUUCUUCUUCUUCUUCUUUCCGAUUAUAUCUUAUUUUGAAGGCAGAUAGGAAGUUGAUGAAAUAUUUUUAUUGCUUAGACGAUACAGGAUCACAUAUCAAGUCCUUCCUUCCUUGCUUUUUGUAUAUUCUUAUGUAUCAGUAAUUGCCGUUCUUGAAAGACACUAAUUUUUGUAUUGAUCUGCAUAGCGUUAUUAAGAACUGUACUCCCGUUUUUGUUUU